UUGAAAAAUUACAAGGGAAUCUAGGGCGAGAACUAAUGUGUUAAAUAACCCCGGUCUUCCCUACUUCUUGAUUUUUUCACCUGCUUUAUCAUUCCUUAAUCAACAAAAUCUACCUUGAUAACACAAAAAAACUAUCUCUCUCUCUCUAGCACGUCGAGCACUCUGCAGAGUCUCCCAGCAAAGUUUUAUUUUAAACUUUUAAAUCAAACUUAUUGGGAUUUUUUUUCUGCAACCCACCCCCCACUUUUUUUUUUCAAUUUAUUCAUGAACCUUUAGCCUCUAUUUCGUGACCAAAUUCAAUAGAGAUUUUCCCACACACGCGGGAAAUUUUUGCACAAGUUUGGAAGCUUCGCAGCUCAUUGCAUCGCUCACAGUUCACUCGUGUAGUUCAUAAUCAUGAGGUGGGAACUUUUCUUGUUGAUUUUCACCAUCAAUCUCCCAUCGAUACUGCCCAAUAUUGUGAGAUUUACAGUUGCUGGCUAUACGAAUGGGAAUGCAAAAUUGUACCAGGUUGGCUCCAAGCAGAUCUAUGUGGGAAAUUGGCGGACAAACUGGCAUCAAGCGUACGGAACAUGCAGGAGUUUAGGGAUGCAAAUGGUAACAAUUGAGAGUGAUGCCGACAAUCGCAAUUUGUGGGAUUUUGUCAAUGCCCAAGGGUUGGGUGAAUGCUGGCUCGGUGGGACGGAUCUGGGAACAGAGGGUCAGUGGAAUUGGUUCCCAACGGGACGACAGUUUGUCUACACACGCUGGGCUCCGGGGAAUCCCAAUAAUCUCGGUGGUCAACACUGUUUGCAAUUCUGGACACGCUACCCAACAUUCUGGGAUGAUGAUCACUGCUGGCGCGAUAAAUACUUCCUCUGUGAGACUGUGCAGUGCUCCACGAACAACGUCCAAUUGCAACUCCCCACAACUGUGCAGCUACCAUCGAAUGUUCAGGUUCAACCGGCCACAGUGCAAGUGCCAACAACCCUUCAAGUACAGCCGGCCUACAGUGUGCCCGCCAAUCUUCAAGUACAGCCUGUUCAGCUGCAAUCUUCAGUCCAUCUCCCAGCAACCGUUCAUGUGCCCUCUGGGGUCAAUGGGGCCCUCUAUGUAUACUAAUUUAUUAUUUUUUUUUAAACACAAGAUUGCAAUAAAUUAUAUUUAUCAAGAUCA